CACCAGUGUGCCAGUCCAGUCCCUCACUUCCUCCAUGAGAGGCUCCGGCCAGAAGGGUGUCACGCGGGAGCUUCGGGGUUCUAUCUCCCUUUGAACAUGCGAGCCCACAGUAGGCUCGGCGCGAUGCAUCAUUGGCGGCUUAGCUUUGUCGCGGUUUGUUUUGACCUGAGCUGCCCGACUAUGAUACCGGCAGCUGGGGGUUGGCGAUGAUCAACCAAGGGACGACACGAUUAUGAACCUAUAUUACUACGCAGCCUGCCCGCUUUCGUUUCCCUUAUCCCGCGUGCGCGCUCAUCUUUAUUCCCAAGGCUUUCUUCUUCUCUUUUUUCAACAGGGCCCAGCAUGAUGAAGCCUGGAGACGAAUACAGCAUGCGUGCACCCUCUGAUGAGGAGAAGGCUGCUGAAGCUGAGCAGUACAAUUUUGCAUCCGGUGCACACCAAGAUAUUGAUGAUCCCGACGCUGGACGGAGCGAGGAAGAGAGAAUUGAUAUUGACCGUAAAUUGCUGUGGAAGCUCGAUAUCCGGCUGAUACCAUGGCUGUGCUUUCUCUACCUGAUAUCCUUCCUCGACCGAACGAACAUUGGCAAUGCAAAGAUCGAUGGCCUCCAGAAAGAUCUGGGCAUGACCGAUGGCCAAUACAACGCCGCGCUCUCCCUCUUCUUUGUCUCCUAUGCGCUGGCGGAGCCCCUGACAAACGUCCUGCUCAAACGCCUCCGGCCCAGCAUCUUCAUUCCAAUCAUUAUGAUCUUCUGGGGCAUCACUAUGACCACCAUGGGCCUGGUCCACAACUUCUCUGGCCUUGCCGCAGCCCGCUUCUUCCUCGGCCUCGCCGAAGCCGGCCUCUUCCCCGGCGUAAACUACUACCUCUCCUGCUGGUACAAGCGCUCCGAAUUUGGCAUCCGCGCCGCCAUAUUCUUCUCGGCCGCCGCCGUGGCGGGCUCCUUCGGCGGGCUCCUCGCGGCCGCCAUCGCCAAGAUGGACGGCAUCGGCGGCAAGCACGGCUGGUGCUGGAUCUUCAUCCUCGAAGGCCUGGCCACCAUCCUUGUCGGCAUCGCCUCGUACUGGAUGGUCUACGACUUCCCCGACAAAGCCACCUUCCUGACCCCGACCGACCUCGCGCGCGUCAAGACGCGGCUGCGCGCCGACAAGCAGAGCUCGGCUGAGCAUGAGGAGUUCCGCAUGGCGUACUUCUGGAGCGCCGUCAAGGAUUGGAAGAUGUACGCGUUUGCCAUCAUCUACAUGGGCUGCGACGGCGCGCUGUACGCCUUCUCGCUGUUCCUGCCUACGAUUAUUAAUGAGUUGGGGUACACGUCGACGAAAGCGAAUCUGCUCUCCGUGCCGCCCUACGCGGCGGCGGCGAUCCUGACCGUGUUUAUUGGAUGGCUGGCUGACCGCACGCAGCAGCGCGGGCUGUGCAAUAUCGGCGUUAGCUUCCUGGGCAUUGCGGGCUUCUCGAUGCUGCUGGGAUCUGAUAAGGCGGGCGUCAAGUACGCGGGGACUUUCCUAGGCGCGCUGGGCAUCUAUCCGUGUGUUGCGAAUACGAUCACGUGGACGGCGAAUAACUUCGAGGGCGUGUACAAGAAAGGCGUAGCAAUUGGGUUUGUCAUCGGUUGGGGAAAUCUGAAUGGUGUGGUUAGCAGUAACAUCUACCAAGGGAAAGAUAAGCCGGGUUUCAAGCCGGGGCAUGGGGUGGUUCUGGCUUAUAUGAUUUUGUUUUUGCUAGGGGGGAGUGUUGUGACGAGGCUUUUGCUGGCGGCGGAAAAUAAGAGGAGAAUUAGUGGGAAGAGGGAUGUUUGGGCCGAGGGGAAGGCGGCGGCGGAGGUUGAGGCGCUGGGUGAUAAGAGGCCGGAUUUCAUCUAUACGUUGUGAGAAAUUGGCUGGCAAUCCAGGCAAUGCGCUGGAGUGCCCUAGACAGUGGUAUGAAGCUGGAAAGAUUGGCGAUCUGAGAGCCCUGAAUCACAGUGUGAUGAAGUUUACACCUUGUCUUGUAUUGACAUAAUGUCACAGUACCCUUGACAGUGGUAUGAAGCGUUCAAAAUUGGUAUCUAAUAGGUCAGCUCUGGCGAGGAAACUUUGCUCAUAAGCUCAAGAAGCCAUUCCAGGGGCAGAA